GAUUGGUAUUGACUUCGAAUUUAAAUUGUUUAUGAUCACCGUGUGUGUCGUUAAUGAGUUCACCAUAAUGAAGUCGUAAUUUGUCUUAUGUUUAAUAUACAUGGGAGAAAAGACACAAAAUAUUUCAAAGUGCUCAAGCAUAAAACGACAUACUAAAACGACGAAACUCGAGGAAAGUGGUCAGCUCAUGGAAUAAUUGCGUGAUCAAUAAAUGUUUGCAAGGACCUAUUGUAGCAAGAUAAAUCGGUUUACUUGGAAUACUGGCGCAUCAAUAAGAUAUACAUUUUGAAGAGAAAAGAACUUGUUUACAAUAAUACUGGUGCACAGAGGAACACGCACUUUGUUGAUAUAUACUUUUGCCAUUCUCCCAGAUCAGUAAGAAAUGAGACACAUGUCAAUGAUGCCUUGAACAAGCUUAGCAAGAGAAUAGAGCUAAUUGCAACAAACUCGUAUUCAACAGCUGUCGAAGAGGCGGCUCUUAUAGGAAUGACGUGAGGACCUAACUCGUAAAUCGAAACCGCUCAAUAACAUUGAAUACAAAGAUGAACAACUCCACGACAGAACAACCAUCAUCAAUGGUGGAUGGUCCCUUGUUUGUGUCGAUGAUUGUUAUCAAUACUUUCAGUGGUGUCUUGGCGACUAUUUUGAACCUCUUGAUCAUCGUGACUUUUGUCAAGACGCCAUCUUUGCGAACGGCACCAAACAUUCUUAUUCUUAGUCUCGCCAUCACUGACUUUAGUGUUGGUGUUUUGGUUCAGCCUGUCCACUGUACAUUUCUUUUCUCACAUAUGACUAACAACACGGCUGUAUAUGAAAGUGUUUUCGAAGUAUUGAAUCCAAUUUUAGUGAUAUUGAUUUUGGCAUCAAUUUUGACAAUAACUGCCAUUACUGUCGACCGAUUCCUUGCUGUUCACUUACAUCUAAGAUACCAAGAACUCGUCACCAAGAAGCGCAUCUCAAUUGUGGUGAUAAUGAUUUGGACAUUCAGUGUGCUUUGGACAUGCCUGUUGCUUCUCUUGACAAAAAUGACUAUCGUAAUUGUGCAUAUUGAUAAUUUUUUAUUUCUUUCACUUUUGUUGAUGAACAUUGCUCUUGUGCUUAAAAUAUCUUGCGUUAUCCGUCAACAUGCAGCACAAAUUCAAGUUCAACAGCAGGCAAUGAACGCACAGCCUGGUGCAGCAGGGAACAUCAAGAGAUCUGUGAAUAUUAUGUAUUACGUACUUGGAACAUUUUGCAUAUGUUAUUCCCCGCAUACUUGCGUUUGGAUUAUGAAAGCUUUUAUGCCUAAAUUGAUCAAAGGGCUGACUGCAUUGACAAUGGUUAAUACUAUUCUCAUGUUAAACAGCAGUAUCAAUCCAAUCAUAUAUUUCUGGAGAAUACCAGACAUGCGAAAUGCUGCUCUUCAACUGUUGCGAUGUUUUCGAAGAAACGACAACCAUAGAAAUAGCAAUAAUGAUGCCAAUGCCAAUGCCGAUAACAAUGUCAAUCACAAUAAUAACAACUUCAGACUUUAAACCCGUGAAACACAGAGUAAUAUUCAAGUUGUAAUAGUCAUAUAAAAACAAUGGACGAUGAAGUGAUUUUCAUCAGAAUUUAGAAUAAUUGUUCGAUUUUUUUCGCUAUAACUAACUGAUUUCUACUGUGGUUACAGAGGCUUGUCUUUUAUUCUUUAAAACAAACAUAGAUGAACAACUCCACGACAGAACAACCAUCAUCAAUGGUGGAUGCUCCCUUGUUUGUGUCGAUGAUUGUCAUCAAUGCUUUCAGUGGUGUCUUGGCGACUGUUUUGAACCUUUUGAUCAUCGUGACUUUUAUCAAGACGCCAUCUGUGCGAACACCUUCAAACAUUCUUAUUCUUAGUCUAUCUAUCACAUACUUUGGUGUUGGUGUUUUGGUGCAGCGGCCUGCUUACUGUACAUUUCGUUUUGUUGAUGCGACUAAAUACACGGUCUUGCAUCGAGUUUUGACCUCUAUUCUCUUGCUUAUUCUGUUCAAGGAAACUUAAUAAAAGGCAGGAAUAUGUGGGAAAGAGAAUAUUCAUAAAUAAAGGAACAGCUUAACAAAAUUAUAGUAUAAUUUACAUUUCCCCCCAGAAUUGAUGCGCUAACCCUGUAAUCCCAGAAGGCUUAAACCUUUUAAACCUUAGGUCUCAUGGAAAUACAGGGUUAGUCUCAAUACUUCGGAGAAAAUGCACAUUUUCAAGGCUAUUGUAAAAGCGAAAUUUACUAGUGCUAAUCAUUAUUUGAACUCGAAAUUUCGUAAUGAUCUUUUAAUUAAGAUGUUCUCUCGAGGACAAUAAUAAAAGUUUGCUAAUUUUGCCUCUAAAUAGCUUUUUUAGAAUAUCACGUGAUCAGUGAAAUUCAAGAAUUCAAGUUAUUAUUUUUCUGAAAUAUAAAG